AUGCGAGAGAAAAAACACACAAAAUAGCACAGUUGGUAAGGAGCCUGUUCCACUGUUCCACCAACUUUUUAUAUCAGCAGUACUUCACAUCACAUAACGGAAUUGACUUGAGACAGGAACAAAAGUUGGUAAAAUGGGCAGGCUGGAAAAAGAAGGCGGAAGUGGACGAUGAAGUGGAUUCUGAAUCCAGUGGCACUAGAAUCAAGGAGAAUUGGAGUAUUGUCCAAAAGAAGGGAAAACGGAGCAAAGUUAUGUACAGUGAUGAGAAUGUCCCUUUGUAUCUAGUAGGAGCACAGUUUGGUAAUGAGGAGUAGUUGAGCACAUUUCCAAUAUUGAAGAAACCAUUUGAGAUAUCCAAACUGGUGGAGAGAGUGCUGGGUAAAGUGAAGGCUGUGAGGAUCACGAGAGGCGGGCUUGUUUAGAUUUUUGUGCUUCUGCGGAUCAGAAGGAAUGUGCAUCGCUUCUCACCCGAUUUGGUAAGUUUGAAGUGUUGUGUGUGUCUCUUCGGACAGGGCACCCCUUAAGGAGGUAAAAUCUGGCGACUUGUGGGAAGUUGAUUUUGAAGAGAUUAGAAAUAUUCCUGGAGUGAUUGAUGCAUGUCUGAUGAUUCGUGUGGUGAAUGGUGAAAAAGUGAAGAGUCUAUCUGUUCUUUGUUUUUUUUAUAUGGAGUGUCUCCCUACUCAAGUGCAGUUGGGGUAUAUAAACUACAGAGUCAGAGCAUUUAUCCCAAGACCAAUGCAGUGUGAUCAUUGUUAAACUUUUGGUCAUGUUUCAAUUGUUUGCAGAAGGGAGAAGCCGAGAUAUCCAAGUUGUGGAAAAGAUCAAAUCAUGUGAUUUAAAAGUGAGGAAAAUGUGACAUGUUGCAAUUGUGGUGGGAACCAUGAAGCUACAUCUUUUGAUUGCCCGACAAGGGCGAAAGAGAAUGAGGUGGCCAAAGUCAGGGCUGUCCAGAGCAUGUCAUAUGCAACAACUGUUAAAAGAGUUGAGGGUUUGAUUGGUGCUCCUUGAGAGUCCAUGGUGCUCCUUGAGAGUCCAUGGUGCUGCAUAGGCCUUCACUGCAGGCUGCAGGGGUUGCCUUUCACCAACAGGACCCUGACAUUUUAAAGGUUAAGAAGGUGGACUUUGUGGCAUUUAUAGCUAUGGUGAUUAAUGGCACUGCCAAGGUGGGGAGAAGGUCCAGGAAGGUAGAUAUAAUUUUGGAUGCAGCGGAGCGGUUCCUGGGACUGAAAGAUUUCUCAGCGGAGGAGUUAUAUGGAGCCUGAGAAGGGAUAUUUGAAAGAAGAAAGAAGUGGGAGUUAUGUUUUUGUUAAUAUACUAUUUUUAUUUGGGUGGAUUAAAGUAGUGUCCCUAUAUCGUAUGGAUUUACUUUUUACCUUGUUUUGGUUUUCAACCCGUCCAGUUGGAGGCGACAAUGCAACUUUUGGGUUUGUAGUCCGCCAUAAAACCCACAGAAGAAGAAGAAAAAAGUCUUUCUUCUGACGUUUUUGUUUCCAGACGAACAUAUUAAGCUGUUACUCAACCAAGGAAACGUGUGUUUAUAUUUUCCAAGUAACUUGAUUUUAUUGGUUAUGAAUCCGUGUGUACUAGUAAACUGAUACUGACGAAAAUUUACAGAAUAUACGUAAUGCAAUUGCGUCUAUUUGAGUGAUAUUUGUGUGUGAUUUUUCAGUAAGUAAUCCUGUCAGACAAGCUCGUUAGCUCUUUUUAGUACAUUCUUGGGCUAGCGAACUAGUCACAAUGACGAUCAAACGACAAAAGAAAGCCAAGAAAAACAUCAAUUUCUACAAACACAACUUCAGUUUUAGAGAGCCCUUUCAAAUUCUCAUCGACGGGACGUUUUGCCAGGCGGCUCUGAAGAAUAAGAUUCAAAUCAAAGAGCAGAUGCCGAAAUACCUCAUGGGGGAGGUGCAACUUUGUACUACAAAUUGUGCGCUGAAGGAACUUGAAUCACUGAAAGACCUCUAUGGUGCCAAACUCAUCCUGCAGCGGUAUCAGGUUAGGAACUGCAAGCAUUUCAAGAACCCCGUCUCUGCGUCAGAGUGUCUGCUCUCCAUGCUGGAAGUGACUAAUCCACACCACUACUUUGUUGCCACACAGGACCAAGAGCUGACAGCAGGCCUGAAUAAGAUCCCAGGCGUGCCUCUUAUGUAUAUCAUCUCCAACACCAUGGUGUUGGACAAGCCCAGCCAAUGCUCGGUUAACCAUGUGGAGGCUGUGGCUCUGGGAGAGAUGGUCACCCCAGCCCAGCAGCAGAGCAUCAACAGCCUGAAGGAGGUGCAGGGGAUCGGGCAGGAUGGAGAGCGCCGAGGCAAGAAGCGUAAGAGGAAAAUCUCCAAUCCCAACCCGCUCAGCUGCCUAAAGAAGAAGAAAAAACAGCCACCGACGCAGCCUCUUAAGACUGAGGGUGAGAAGAAGAAACGGAACCGUCAAAGGAAACGCAGCAAGCCAGAGGGAGGCGAGGGUCCAUCCCUCAAACUGCCCCCAAACCCCUAGUGUGGUGGGAAGAGACUUGUUUUGUCAGGGCAGUAAAAAUAGCAGCUUUUUUCCCCCACCGUUCCCUAAGGUUGAAAUUUGAACAGCUGAAUAUAAUAAAUGUACACCUUUUUUUUUUAUAUAUCUUUACUAAACACAUUUGCCAGAUUAAAGGCAUCUCAUUGGAAUUCAAGAGAUCCAACUUCAAAUGUCUGGAGAACAUCUUUUGAAGAAGCACACAAUGAAUUCAGUCUUUGUAUUGCGUCACGGUUCAUGUCAUGUUUCUAAAAAUGUAUCCUCAAACUAGUUUUUGACCAUCAGAAGGUAUUGAUAUUCUAAGUCAUUAUUAUAGUAAGUCCAUAGCCAUUAUACCCAGUUCGCUGGCUCAAUGAACCAUCUAUGAAAAGGAUCGGCAUUGACACGAACUGCUAACAGUAUUCAUUUUAUUAGAAAACUUACAUCAGUUGCUGGGGCUCAGGACUACAGGCAUGGCAUCAAAUCUGAGUAAGAACACAUUUUAGCAACAGUAUCUACAAGAUGUCAUUUUGGGUUUUAUACAAGAAGGAAAAUGCAAGUUUACUGGCACAUAGUUUAAAAGGGAUGCACUGAAACAUUACAUCAUAAACAAUGUCAGAGGGAGUUAGUGAAUAUCAAAACAAUGCAUUUGUUGUAAAGGACGGUCCGAAAACUAAAUCUACUUCUUGUCCUCUGCAGCUAUGAACCAUAAGACGAGCAAUAGCGUAUUCAAGCUAUCGAAGAAUGACUGUCGCAACGGGUCUAAACACCUAUGCAAGUUUCCAUCAAAACUUUUAGAUUAUAAUGAAAACCAAAUUAAAGUUUUCUAUAUACCAGAGAUUUCUUGACAUUUAGCUGCAUCAAAGUUGAAUGAAAUGUAGUUUCCUGUCACCCACUGGGCUGAGUUGUCUUGAAAUUUAGAGAUUGUGAUGAAAUUGACGAUAGCUUCAAAAUAUGAUGCGAAAGAUGCAGCCUUAACUAAGUCUGAUUCUGACCAAACCAUUAACAUCUGCAUUAGAUAGUUGAUACGAGUAUUUUCAUUGUCACAGUAUGUGACUUAAAACAAAGGUAAUUAUUCAAGAAAUACCAUAAAAAUACAAUUUCAGGAGCAAUUCAUUGGAAUAAAGUAUAUUUCAAAAUGGA